CAUGCGAAACCUCGUGCCACCAUCAGUUCUCGAUCAGCAAUCAGAUGGUGAGGUUAGCUAUUCCGAAGUUCCUUUUUCUUCAUGCGAAGUUGUUCGACUGUGACUGUUUAUGAUGAACAACAGACUAUUUAGUUUUACUUUAUAUCAAUUUCGGGUAUACGGUAGUAGAUGAUACGGUAUAAUGCAGUCUUCCAAAGCCAAUAAUGGGGUUCCAAGGGGUUUCUUAGCCGGGGUUAGAUAUGAACACCUACUUGCUGGAGUAUCUGGAGGAGUUGCAUCCACACUUAUCCUUCACCCGCUCGACCUCCUCAAAGUGCGAUUUGCAGUGCCCGACACUGGACGCAUAUCCUCAGCGGGACUAUCAGCUGCAGCAGCAGCCGCUGCCGUGCAAAGGCCCCACUACACGGGGCUCGGUCAUGCCACUUCAGCCAUAUGGAGGACUGAGGGAGUGAGAGGCUUCUACAAGGGCGUUACACCCAACCUUUGGGGAGCUGGUGCAGCCUGGGGACUGUAUUUUCUCUUCUACAACAUGGUGAAGAGCGAGUACCAGUCCCGUCAUGGCAGGGUUCAGCUGGGACCCGGCAUGCAUAUGCUCGCAGCUGCUCAGGCUGGCGUGGCAACUCUCUUGCUCACCAAUCCCAUCUGGGUCGUCAAAACCAGGUUGUGUCUGCAGUACGACAAUGUUGGCAGCACCAGCAACAGUCUUCGUUACAAUGGCAUGGUUGAUGCGCUCAGCAAAACCUACAGAAUGGAAGGCAUUAAGGGACUAUACAAGGGUUUGGUGCCCGGUCUAUUCGGCGUAAGUCACGGCGCUCUGCAGUUCAUGGCCUACGAAGAGCUCAAGCUUACAUACAACUCCCACUUCAACAGGCCUCCCUCAGCAAAGCUGGACACGAGCGAGUACCUGGCGUGCGCGGCGCUGUCGAAGCUGUUCGCUGCGGUGACGACGUACCCGUACCAGGUGCUGCGUGCCCGCAUGCAGGACCAGCACGCCGACUACGCUAACCUGAGGGCCUGCAUCCGCUUCACGUGGAGGCAUCACGGAGCUAAGGGGUUCUACCGAGGCCUCGCACCUAACUUGCUGCGAGUUGUCCCCGCCACAGCCAUCACGUUUGUAGUCUACGAGAAAACCUCCCAGAAGCUCAUGGGAAACUCAAAUCCGGACGAUGGUGCUCAGACCAGUGUUCCUGCUCCUGACCCACCCGACCCCAAAGUGUAGGAGAUCCAGUUCAUCAGUUCAUGAGUAAUCGUGUGAGAGAAUGAGACUCUAGUUUCCAUUUAUCUAAUUACUCGAAUGAUGCGUUCAUUCUCGAGCGUUUGGUGAUCGAUCGUGACUACGCGUUUUCAUCAUAGUGAGACUGACGUGGUCUCCUUGACAAACUGUGCCAACAUCGUUGAACACCAAUGCUCGUAGACUUCUGUAUGAACCUCUCUAGUCAAAAAUAGUUCAUGAGAGAACUUCUCACGGUCACUGAAAAGUGCAGUGUUAAUGACUGGUUAGUGCUCGGCUACCUAAAAAUUUUUGUGUGUAGUAGACUUACCUAACAUAACUAGGCUCUCCUCAACGUACAAAUUUAUAAAAUAAACGAAAAUUUCAUUUGUAUUACUUUGAAUGCUCUAGUCUAGUCUAACCAAGUCAACCUUCGUUCAUUUUACCUGCAACCGCUUGCGUCCUUGUUUACCACCGCUCACUUUGCCACUGCUAAACCUAAAUUCGCCUGCAGCUAUUUCGACAGAGCUUUGAACAUAUUGGUUCGUAACACCUGGCAAAACUUCUAGUGUGAAACUUCUAUUCUGCGUGUUGAAAUUCCGUAAAAUCUCUUGUUCAAAUUCCAAUAAGACAGACAUGAGUUGCUUGCUCUAUUCAGUAAAACAAUAGACAUACUCAUCUGGAAAAAAGGAAUAUGAACAACGUUUAAAUUACCCACGGUCUUUUUCGCGGUAUCGGUAUCGGCAGUGUAAAAAACAAAUCUUGGUUAAUAGCUUUAAGCUCUAAGAGUUUACUGGUGUUGCUGAGCUAUAAAUUGUUAAUUUUCAUAUGUCGGUAAUACGAUGCAACGAUGGGUCAUAUCGAGACGUGAUUUUGGGAAGAUUUCAUGUAUAGAUUUUUUUUUUAUUUGGAAGCUUUCAUGUACAUAUAUAGGAGAUCUACGAAACAUUUCAGACUCGAGGUUACCUCAGCCUCUUCUGUCAUACUGUCAUGUUUAACUGUACGGACAUGUCUAGCAAUAUUAAUGUAAUUCGCAGAAGAGAGUUCAACUUAUUUCCGUACAAACAGCAUUGUAGGUCCUUAACAUUUAUUUAUGUGAUACCGCUGUCUGUAAAUAAAAUCACAGUUUUC